AUGUUGCAGAUACAUCUCGGUCGAAUUGAGGCACGUUUUUCAGUGCAUAUAGCUCAUUUCGUAAACCUUGUUUGCCAGCCGUAUGCUCAUGCGACCAAUGCGUCCACACUGGACGCCUCGUCCUGGCGUCAGUUUGAGCGCGAUUACUACGCGCUUCUCGGUGUAUCUCGUGAUGCUUCAAGUGAAGAGAUCCGCAGUUGCUUCUUAUAUCUGUCACGUGAGUUUCAUCCAGAUCGUCAUCCUCAACGUCACGGCAACACGUCGCUCGUAGCGGCUGCUAAUGCGCAAUACGCCGUGCUAGACAGAGCCUAUCGGGUUCUCUUUGAUCCAAUUAAGCGAGGGGUUUAUGACAGUUACGGUGAAAAGGGUGUGAUUGCAUUGGAGAAAGAAGGUGGUACACAGCAACAAGUGAUAGGGGCUCAUUUCAAGUCAUUACAUGAAGUACAGCAUUACGUGGAAAAAGGUAUGCAACGCAUGAACCAACAGGCUCUGGAAGCACAAUUCUCAUCGUUUAGUGAAAUGUCCAUGGCCGUAGAUGCAUCUAACUUGGUGCAGGCGCCAAUGCAGGGAAUGCGGAGUUUAUGUGACAGUGGAGCACGGUUUGUCGAUCGCACAGAGAUGACGAUUCAUCAGCGUACCGUAUUUCCAUUGUCACGGAGUACGACACUGACACUUGGAGGGUAUAUGUAUGACAAAAAAGGACUUGGCAUGGGCAGCUUUACGGCACAAUUAGCGCACACGUCAUUUGAUCCGAGUAUACCGUCGUUCACGCUCUCGAGCGAGCUCGGCUGGGCGCCAAAACUUAAUUGCCAGAUUAGUCAGCCAGUGUCGCCGUAUACAGUCUUCAUGCUCAUUCCGGAGCUUGAUGAUAACGGCCUUGACAUCUCCAUGGGUGCUAACCAGCUACUGACACCUCAGCUUCAUGGUGCAAUGAUGUGGAGUACACGCGACGGUCUUUCUGGCUCGCUCAGCCAGGACACGGGAGCUUACAAUGCCACGGCUGCUGUUGCAAUAAAUGGUGGAGGACCCAACUUGACGUUUCAGUUUCAUCGUGCCCUCGUGGCUGCGACGACGGGCAAAUUAUCAUUGCGGGCAAAUCUUGCGACAGAUUUGUCGUUCGUGGCGGGAGCAAGCGUGACUUUACGUUUAGGCUUCACUCGUGGGAGUGUGCGCUUUGUGAUGCCCAUUUUCUUGUCUUCGUUCUCCAGGCAAUCAGCUUUCUCUACUCUUUGUGCAGCCACCUUGCCCUUUGUGGUGGCUGCACUCGUUACGCAGCUCGUGGGGCUUGUUCAGGAACGAAAGCGUCGUCUGAAGUUGGAGCGCCGGCAUGAUAUGUUUGUGCAGUAUCUUGCAGCAGCACGACACAAUGCAAUGGAGCAGCAGAAACUGAUGCUUCGUUGUGCAAAAGAGAAGAUGGAGCAGGAUCAGCAACAAGAGGACGGCAAGGGGUUGGUGGUUUUGCUUGGCCGGUAUGGAAAGAACCCGACGAGCUCCGACCAGCAUGAGGGUCGAGGAAACGCUUUCGAUGUGGCGCUUCGAACGAUGCCGGAGCGCGAACUGAACUACGAACUUGGUGAUGAAGACGACCCUGGCAGCGGUGAUAGCAUCGCACAGCAGGAGGCAGACGCCGAGGUGCUGGAGCAGAAAUGGGUCGACGUUUCAAUUCCACUUCAGUUCUUCGUCAAGCUUGGAGAUUUUGCUCUAUCUUCCGCAUCAAAAGCUGGACUGCUAGAAUUCUACAAUCCGUGCAUCGGCGAAGACCAAACAAUAUCUGACGCACGAUCGCCAUCAAGCUUUAUUGCUAAGCCGUUGCUCUAUGUGCAUUAUGCGUAUGAUGGUCAGGUGUUCGAAGCCACUUAUGAUGAUGACCAAGCGAUCAGUUUGCCGUCGCGGUACGCUCAGGUUAUGGACCCUGUAGGGCGUGUGUACUAG